UCGUCGGCAUCCACAUUCCAACGCUGUCUUGGUACCCGACGCAUUGAGGCGCAUUGAUUUUACCCAGAAGUUCUAAUUUUUCACUUAGCACUUGUUUGACUGUUACGUAGUACGCUGAUCAUUUUCAUAGCACCAGCAAACGACCAUACUGCCUGUAACGAACAUCGUAAACAUCGAGCAAAAUGUCGACACAAAACGACUGUAUCCAGUGCGCAACAACCGAACGGGCGCUCAUGUACGCUAUAGAAGAGCUUAAAUUGCGUCGACAGCGGGACUCAGAGUACGAGACACAGCUCAGUGACCUGGAAUCCACGAUACAACGCCUCCAGAGUGAAGUGGAAGCCGAAAAGCAGCGAGUUUUGAAAACGUGCGAAAAUGCCGAGAAGGAACGGGCCGCCAUCUUGGAGUCCCUCGACCGUGAAAAAUCACUCCUCGAAUCGGAAAUAGCAGAGUGCGAAGACGAUUUUCGACGCUUGGCGCGGACAGAAGACAUCCUACGCCAGAAAUGUGAUGCCUUGACAGUGGAAAACGCGAGGCUAGAACACCAAGCGGCGGAUCUUGAGCAAGAGGUCGACCGCCUGACUCAGCUGGAAUCGAACCGCGCAGCGAGUGCUUUUGGGCUUCGCAAACUUCUCCAGGAAAGCCGAUUUGAAACACGCCAGCUGGAACAAGAGCAGCGACAAGUGCACGUAGGGACGCGCCAAACUCAGCAGCAAAACGAAGCCCUUCUAUUGGAGGAACAGGACCAGAUGAUGCGAACACGUGAUAUCGAAAGCGAGAACGACGCCAUCAGACUUUCUCUCGUGGAGACCAAGGCAAAGCUUGCUUGCAAGCAGCUUGACGAGGCAUGUUCGAUGAAUCCACCAGCCUGUGAAACAUUUGGGCAGAUGCAAGUACGGGCUCUGCGAGAAGAGAUCUCCAAGGUUCGGAGUGACUACUUGAUCUUGCUUAAUCAAGUUGGAACAGGCAUGUGUGCUAGCGUCAAGGUUCAGACGGACACCAUUGACCCCUGA